ACACUUGACAUAUAAUAUUUCUCUUUGGGUUGACAGCUUGUAGUUUGUAUGCGGGCGUGUUUCUGUUUUAAUUAAUUUUAUUUAAGAUAAGUAGUUUCAAAAUAAAUAAAAAUGAUAAAGUGGACUGGAAAUCACAGUGAAUCGGGUAUUCUUAGGAAAAGUGAACCGAAAGAGAAGAAAGAAGAGUUAUUCGUGUUCGGCUACUCGUGCAAAUUGUUCAGGGACGACGAUAAAGCUCUGCACGUAGAUCAAGGCAAACACCUCAUUCCGUGGAUGGGGGAUGAAACGUUGAAAAUCGACAGGUAUGACGCUAGGGGCGCAUUGCACGAUCUCACCGCCUUGGAGGCACCGUCUGGUGGUUACGACUGGCGUGUGGAACUCACCAGGAAUGAGCUUGAAGUGGAACAGCUGUGCGAUGAGGAGGGCCGGUACAGGGCUUUACACACCGAUGAGGAUGAAGAAGAGAUGUAUAAAGAGGAAGAAUUGAAACGCCUCCACGCAGCGGGCUACGGUCAAGUGGGGUUCAACUACGACGCGCCAGCCGAACCCGAACCGUCGUCGCAGCCCGCCGAGGUCGACGAGCCGUUUUUGCCCACUGCAUCAUUCAAAGCAUUAUUACCAACCGAUAUAUUAUAUCCUGAAACUCAAAAACAAAAUGCAAUAAUAGAGAAAACCGCGAAGUUCAUCGCAAGCCAGGGUGCUCAGAUGGAGAUACUAAUCAAAGCAAAGCAGGGUGACAACCCGCAGUUCCAGUUUUUGAAUAAAGAUUCUGAACUCAACCCAUACUACAGUGCUCUGAUUGCUUUGGUCAAGUCUGGCAAGUGGCCCGAGAAGAAGCCUGAAAUUGUUGAAGAGAAGCCUCCAGAAGCAGAGGAGUACUUACAUCCAAGCUUAGCAUCUACUGUUAUUGAAUCUGCGCCAUCCAUCCCGUCGAUCCAGUACAAGCCGUCGGCGGACUGCGACUACACGCUGCUGGUGUGCCGCAUGCAGGGCACGGUGCCCGGCGAGUACAGCGAGCGCGCGCCCGGCGAGGUGGCGCCGCCCGGCACCGAGCCGCUGCCGCCGCGCGCCGACAUAUCGCGCCCGCCCGUCAUGUACAACACCGCCGAACGAGCUGCACAACCAGCGCAAGCGACGCCGUACCAGCAGUACGCGGCGUAUUACCACCAGUACUUGGCCCAACAGCAGGAACAAUUGCAAGCGCAGAAACAAGUGAAGAAAGAACAGCCUACAUUGGCGAAGUCUACAGGACUCAGUCUCAUGAAGAAUUAUAAUACGGACUCGGAGAGUGACAUGUCUGGUGAAGAUUACGAUGACGAUUCAUCAUCCGAUGGCAAAGAGAAAGUUCCAGUUAUAACACCACCCGAAGACAUUCAAGUGGUGAUAGAAAAGAUGGCGGCGUACGUCACACGCAACGGCGACGAGUUCGCAGACAUUGUGCGGGCCAAAAACGAUCCUAGAUUCACAUUCCUUGAUCCAGAAAAUAUAUACUAUCCAUAUUAUAAAAAACUGAUGCAGGAGAUGAGGCCAAGGAAGUCUUCUGCACCAGUGUCAUUCUCAAUAAAGAAGCAGAAAGACCCAGAUCCAAUACUGCCUAAACCGGCGCUACCAUACGAAUCAAGUUCUGACGAGGAUCCAGAGAAACAAGCGGAAAAACAGGCAGAGAAGGAAGCAGAAAAACCAGAAGAAGUAAAAGAACAACCGAAACCACCACAACAAUUCUAUCCAAUUAACAAUAUACCACCCAUUGUAGUUUAUAAAAUGGAAGGUCAAUUAACCCAAGAUCUUCCUACAAUAAGGGCCAUAGAACCCAUGAAGCCAAUCAUGCCAAAAUUACUACCAAUGCCAGAGGUUAAAGUGCAACCAAAACCUGAAGUGACAUCACCAACUAUAGUUCUAAGUAAACCUGUGGAGAUAAUAAAAGAAAAAACUCCAGUUAAAGAGGAAAGAAAAGUUGAAAGAAUAAAAGAAAAUAGCCCAACACAAAGAAGGGAAAGAAGGAAACAUUCAGAUCGAAAAAGGGAGUACAGAAGUAAAUCUGAAAGCAGAGAGAGAAGAUCGGAAAGGAGAGAGGAGAGGAGUCCAGAUAGAGAAUACAGGAGAGCAAAAAACGCCGAAAAAGAAAGGAAAAGGAAGAAAUAUAAAGAAGAACUGGUGGUGAAUGAAAUUAUAUCUUUAGAAGACAAUUCAGAUGACUUGAUCGAUCUUACUGGAGAUCAAUCAGAUUCUAAAGGUGAAUGCGACACGGUAGUAGAGAAAGUGAAGCAGCAAGAGAGACGUCGCCGCGCCGCCGAGUUCCUGAAGAAAGUGGGCGUGGACCCCGCCGCUGCCGCGCUACCCACCACCUCCCUAGCAAGCGCUAUGGUCGAUAAUUUAGAGUCGAGAAAGAAAAAAGCAGAAGAAGAGGAAAAACGGCGAAGGAAAGAAAAGAGAAGGCAUCGAGAAAGAAGGGAAUAUGAAGAUGAAUUAGACAGAGCACAUCGUAGAAGUAAACGACGAAAGUACAGAUCAUCUGACGAUGAAGAAUCGGAUUAUGACGGCUCAAGAAAAAAGAAGCGAAAGAAGGAGAAGAAACACAGCACGAAACCCAAAAAGAAGAGAAGGAGAGAGAACGAAGUAGAAGAAGAAGAAGACAUAACACUUCCACCGAACAUCGACCUGACGAACACGCUCAAAGAGUUGCGUACAGCGUCGCCAACAAAGGACCUAAUGUUCCAAGAUAUAGACCAAAAUAUACAGAACUUUACCCAAGAUUCUACUGACGAAGAAGAUUUCCCUAGAGAGAAACGCAGGAAGCCAAGAAGAGGUGUGAGAGAGUAUAGCGAAGGGGAGUGGUCGAGUGAUAGCGAAGGUGAUUCUAAGUCGUCAGGCAGGGAUUUUUAAGUAGUUAUAGGACAUUUUAGUGUUAUUAUAAUAUGAGACUAACUUCCAACGUCUUAGAACGUCGAGCGCAGAUUAAUGCCACACAAUAGGGGACCGGACAAAUUUUCAGAAGGUGUUUUAAAUUGAUCAUUGUGGAUAUAAAUAGCCAAGAAAAAUAGUAUUUUGCACAAAUAAAGCUUAAAAAGUACAUAAAACCAUGCCUAAAUGUUAAAUAGCUAUAAUUCCCGCGCAA